CGUGACGUCGCUGUGGGCGUGUCCUAGCUGAGCAGUCACAGCUGAGAUUGUUCGGGCUGGUUUUGGAAAACUCUGGAAGUUUCUGCUCUCUUUAUAAAGAAAAACCUUGGGGGUGAAUAUCUGACUAGACACGGGGGACGACUAAGGACGAAUAUUACUGAAGUUACUUAUCAGAGAGCUUCAACGUCAACUAAACAGCCUGCUCCAUGGGGAAAAUGGGCAAAGACUACUACGACAUUUUGGGAAUUAAGAGAGGAGCAUCGGAGGACGACAUAAAGAAAGCAUAUCGCAAGCAGGCUUUACGCUAUCACCCCGACAAGAACAAAUCAGCAGGAGCAGAGGAGAAGUUCAAAGAGAUAGCUGAAGCCUACGACGUCCUGAGUGACCCGAAGAAGAAGGACAUCUACGACCGUUUUGGUGAAGAUGGUCUGAAAGGCGGAGGACCCCCAGGUGGUGGUGGUGGUGGUGGUGGUGAUGGCCCUGGCACCUUUAGCUACACCUUCCAAGGAGACCCUCAUGCCAUCUUUGAAGAGUUCUUCGGCGGGCGUAACCCCUUCGGACAGUUCUUCGGGGGCCGUAAUGGAGCCAUGGAUGAGGACAUGGACACCGAAGACCCUUUUGCUCGCUUUGGGAUGGGGGCCGCUGGAAUGGGCGGGUUCCCUCGCGGCUUCAACCCUGGUAUGGGAGGAAUGGGAGGAAUGGGAGGAAUGGGCGGCCACAGCAGCGUUGUGAGGAAGCCUCAGGAUCCCCCUGUAGUUCAUGACCUCCGGGUGAGCCUGGAAGAGGUUUUGUCAGGCUGUAUCAAGAAGAUGAAGAUCUCACGUAAGAGGCUGAACCCUGACAGGCGGUCUGUAAGGUCAGAGGAAAAGAUCCUGGAGGUGCAGAUUAAGAAGGGGUGGAAAGAAGGAACAAAAAUCACGUUUCCCAAAGAGGGGGAUGAGACGCCAACAAACAUUCCAGCUGACGUUGUCUUUGUGUUGAAAGACAAACCACAUGCGGUUUUCAAACGUGAAGGCUCAGACAUCAUUUACACAGCAAAGAUCUCACUCAGAGACGCCUUGUGUGGCUGUUCAAUCAACGCUCCCACGCUGGAGGGCAGAGAGCUGACGGUGACAUCAACAGAUAUUGUGCAGCCAGGGAUGAAGCGGCGCAUCAGCGGCGAGGGCCUUCCUUAUCCCAAACGCCCCGAUCGACGAGGCGACCUCAUAGUGGAGUACGAGGUGAAGUUUCCAGAGAGGCUCAGUCAGAGCGCCCGGGACACCAUCGCUCAGGUCCUCCCGAGAUCUUAGAGGACAUCAACAAGACUUUUCAAAUAUCAUCCAAGCUGCCAGCUGUCCUUGCUUCAAUCAUCACAUGGACGUUGAUGUGGAGUUUCACACGCCAAAGAAGAGACGGCAGACUCAUCAGGUGGAUUCGCUGCAUGUACGCUGUCAUCCAAAGUGUUAAAGUGUACCCUGAAAAAUGCUUAAGAUGGAUAACUGCAGGACUGUACAGGGGUUAUUGUAAAUAUCAAGCUUUAUAAGAUUAUAUUUUGGUCAAAUAUAUGUAUUAUUAUUAUUGAACAUAAGGAAUGCUGCACUUUUCUGGGAGAGAUGUUGGUUUCUAUUCAAAGUUUACGCACUUCAAAAUGAUGGAUUCACAAAUUUCUAUUAUGAGGAACCUUUUCUUUUCUGAUGUGGAGGAAGAUGUUAUGUUUGGUUUUGAAUGAUUGGAUUUGUAAUCAUGCAGAAAAGAGAUUAAAACGGUGCUCCAAAAACUGAA